GGGACUCAAACCCCCAACCCUGCGAGGCAACAGUGCUAACCACUAAGCCACCGUGCCCCUGGUUCAUAUAUAAAAUAAAUUAUUCAGUCACUCGCUCACUUAUAUCACUCAGGCCCUGGCUGAAAGUCUGCAUCAGCAAGAAACUAGUAAAGUUUGCGCACAUUCUUUUCCAUUUGUGAAUAUAUAAGAGCAUUUUCCUGUCAAUUUCUAGGGUCAGGUUGAUCCAGAAACAGUGGGUGCGAUGUGGGAAUACACUCUGGAAUGGAUGCUAGUCCAUCACAGGGCAUCUUGCACACAUGAUCAGAUUCACACCUAGGGGCAAUUUACCAAUUUACCUACCAGCAUGUUUUUGGGAGGAAACUGGAGAACCCAGAGGAAAACCACACGGACAAGGAGAGAACAUGCAAAACUCCACAGUGCCUCGAGCUUGAACCGAGCUUGAACUGGUGCCCCUGGAGCUGUGAGUGAUAACACUACAUGCUGGUAUACGAAUUCAGAUUUUGCGAAAUCCCAGUUUAAUCCAUAAAUAAUCAUAUAAACUUUUUAUAAAGACCUUUUUAUAAUAAAGACCCCUGGUUCAAGGACAGCAGUUCCACAAUAGGGCAUCAUGUUAUGUAUAUUAUCAUAUCAUCAUUAAAAUUAUUGACUGUAAGCUUAACAAUCCUGUAACGGCAGUCUGUGGGCUCUAUGCCACAGAUCCAGCUCUUUCUUAUUCUCAUGUUUUUUUCUGGCAUUUCCACCAUUAACAAAGAUAAAGUGUGACUCCUAGUUUUCUCAGGCAGAGUAAGUAUAGCAGAGUGAAGGGAACUCUGGGAGUUUUGCCCUGCUCCAGUUUCAUAUCAGACUUUUCCAAGUCAGUGUGCCUUGGCAGUGCUUGUCUAUCAUCAGCGUAACAGACUGGAGUCUUGUAAUUAUGAUCUCUCAACUGUAAUUUACUGCUCAAAAAUAAACCAGAUAUCAUAAAUGUGGAAUCGAAAAAGUGUCAGGUUUUUUUAGAAACCAGUCUUUUCCCACACUUCAACCAAUACACAUGCGUACACAUACACUCUUAAGUUCUCAGUCACUGCUGUAAUGGUUCCACAGGCAGCCCUGAAGCACUGUUUCUUCCCAUUUAACAGAAGAGUGUGUGGAAAGUGGAGCUCUUAAUAAAGUUGGAACUGUUUCAUUUUUUUUUUUUGCCCUUCCUGCCCACCAAAAAGAGCUGUGAAACCUCAGAGACAGAGCUCCACAGAGCUCUCAGGCAACAAAACCUUCCUCUGUAAUACAUCUCCCAGAGUUGGCUCUGUUACUGAAGCAGCCCUCACUGCUAAUCGUUCCUGUUUUAACAAUCUCAUGGUCAUGAUGUAUCACAGAUUUUUGCUUCUCAUCCCAGGAGAACUUGUGAGGACUUAUUUAAACCACUUAUUUGUAGCAUAUUGCUGUGAUGAUUUCUGAUUUUUUUUUUUUUUUACAUUUCUGUGCUAGUCAGUCUCUUCUUCUGAAGAUCUUCACAAUUUUUUUUCCCAUUUUCUGCCUAAUUUGGUCAUUUACCAUCCAGCUCUUCCCAAUCAACCGCAUCUUUUUGAACUGCUGCCCACGCUGCAUCACAGGGCAGCCUAACACACUUGGAGAAAAGCGCUAUCUGCCCUCUUCCGCAUACAUGAGCUCACAGACACCCAUGAUUGGCUAGUGUUGAUGUGAUUGACAGGGGAGACAGUACACAUUCUGUCCCUCCCAAAGAGUACAGCCAAUUUUGCUCCCUUUGCUCCCAGCCACAUAUAACUGUGGCAGUGUCAGGAUUCAGACUUAUUACAAUGAUAUGGGGAACACUUUUUAUUUUGCGCCACUCAGGACAAUCCUGACAAUCUUGAUAUAUAAUUUGGAGUUCUCUUUGUUUGCAUUUUUUUGGCUACCAGUUGCUAUGGUGAAAAACUGGAUUAAUCAAUCAGGAUCACAUUUUUCCCAUUUCUGUUUAAAACUGCUAGCCACCUAGGUACACUUUGAGCUCAGGGAUAUUGAGGUGACCGCUGACAAAGUGCAGGAGGAGAAAAGGAAUGGUAGAUAUGGUUUUAAGAAUUGUUAGCUUGUUAUUUUAUUCAUUUUCAGUGUAAUGAAUAUUAUAAAGGUAUUUUAUUUCAUACUCCACUUGUAAACUGAUCUGCUUAGAAGUCCAGCAUUCAGCAUUUACCAGCUGAUACUGACCCGGUAUGUGCACUGACCAUACGUAAUGGUAAUCUUUACUUUACUGCAUCUCACUGAUCUUUCCUUCAUGGCUAGUUUCCUAGCAGUAUGUGACCCACCUGUAUGGGGGUGCUGUGGGUUAAGCCUGGAUUUCCUGAAGCCUGGCUGUCUGGGUGUGUUGGGUUUGGGCCGAGUCCUGGUGUGGGUGUAUAUGGGAGGUUCCAGCCCUGUGAGAGAGUACGAGAGCAGGAGAGAGCACGACACUCCUUUAUGAACUGAUGCAGUGUGGGUCCACUGUCACCAUGUGUUUCCAUGUUUGGGUUGGAUUCUGCCUUAUUCUGGGAAUAUUUCAAAAGGGACAGCAUGUGAAUGGACAAUGGAAAGCUGCGGAUCCUCUGAAUUUCAUUCCCCUUAAUGAGCUGAAUCCUUCAUCCCAGAGAGGCGACUUCAAGCCGACUGAUGGUUUCCGAGUGCGGGAGGAAUCCAAGAGGCACAAAUCCCCUUACAUCACAUCAUACACCAGGAUUAAGGGCAACACUGAGAACCAGGCCCAGUCCACCACUGCUAAAUCCACGGUGGAGGAUCUGCUCUCGCAAAAACGACAAACAGAUCAGGUGGAUGUAGUUCCUUCAAAACCCUCAGAGGGCAACAUUGACCUGGAUUCCUUGACUGAUACCAGGCGUGUAAAUAAGAACCAUGUGCAUCCACAGUUUCUUGACCUAAACCUGGCAGAAGAGGACCUGUUACCUUCAGGGACAUACAUCACUUCUGGAUCUGUCAUUCAGCGUCAAGGCUCCACAGACUUCCUCAGCCAGAAAGGCCACAAAAAACCUGAGGCCCAUCAUGAUAGAUCGACACACAAAAGCACAACAAGGAGUCCAUCUAAACAUGGGGAUCUGAUCACAGGAUCUGAUGGCAAGAAGUAUCGAAUGUUGAGAGGACCGCCGGGACCUGCUGGGCGUCCAGGGAAAAGAGGUUGUGCCGGGACCAGAGGGUACGUUGGAUUUAAAGGAGACAAGGGAUCUCGAGGAGAAAGAGGGCGAGAAGGUCCAAGGGGUAACCCAGGUCCUCCAGGACCGGCGGGAUUACCCUCGCUCUACCUAUGGCGCAACACUCAGGAGGAAUGGGCUGCAUUCAUGAGAACUUCAUAUUACCAUUUGCUAAUGGCAGGAUGGCCUAGAGAGACCGGGCCUCCUGGACCAAUGGGGGAAAUGGGAAGUCCCGGACCACCUGGGAUGCCAGGAGAGCCAGGAGAGAGGGGACCUCCAGGUCAACAAGGUGACAUGGGUGACUUGGGGCCGAAGGGUGUACGCGGCCGAGCAGGGACUUCAGGAAGAGACGGAGAAAAUGGAAUGGAUGGAGAACCAGGUCCUCCAGGAGCACCUGGUCUGCAGGGGCUUUGGGGGUAUAAAGGAGAAUCAGCGCCCCCUGGAGACAAAGGAGAGCCGGGUUUCCCAGGAGCUCCAGGGCCCAGGGGGGACAGAGGACAGGCUGGAUUAAAGGGUUCAAAGGGAGAGGUUGGAUCGACAGGCUCUGUUGGUCCUCCAGGCCUUAUGGGUAUCAGAGGAGCUGAGGGGCUUCCUGGACAGCCUGGGCCAGAGGGGGAUCCUGGGCAUGAUGGGAAACGUGGUCCUCCAGGAGCAGUGGGAGCUCCGGGGGCUACAGGGAUGGUUGGGGCACAGGGAGUUAAUGGCUCUGAAGGAGAUUUUGGACCUACAGGCCCAGUGGGUCGAAAAGGCCCUCAGGGUCCUGCUGGUACGGAUGGAAUCAGGGGAAUCCCUGGUCUGCCAGGUCCACAGGGACCACCAGGAAAUGACGGACCUCGCGGCCUUAAAGGUCACAGUGGACAGGAAGGUCCAGUGGGAAACAGAGGACUACAAGGAAUUCAAGGGCCAAUGGGUGCAAUUGGAGAUCCAGGUCCAAAAGGCUUUCUAGGCAACACAGGCAGCAGAGGUCCGGAUGGAGAGAGAGGUGAUCCCGGACCAAAAGGAGAAAGAGGUGCACCUGGAGCACCAGGCAUUAUGGGUCGUCAGGGUGAGAGAGGUCAACCUGGCCUUACUGGCUUACCUGGGGUCAAAGGUCAACCAGGGUCUCCAGGUAUCCAGGGUGAAGAUGGUGAAGUGGGUCUCCAGGGAAUGAUUGGAAAGGAGGGCCCAAAGGGGAGUAGGGGUGAGUCUGGACGCAAUGGAAGAACAGGGACCAAAGGCCAACGGGGACGAGCAGGUCAGCAUGGGCCACCUGGUGGGUCUGGACUUCCGGGUCUCAAAGGCCCACCAGGGACUGAGGGAGCAGAAGGAAAGCCUGGUACACAGGGUGUUCCUGGUUCAGUUGGAAGCCCGGGAGAUAAAGGGCCUAACGGUUUCCGUGGAUUAGCAGGAGAACCUGGAAAAAGCGGAGCCACUGGUUCACCGGGCUCACCUGGUCGGCCUGGUCAAGAUGGCAGCCCGGGAGCCCCAGGAGAGAGGGGGUUAUCAGGGAAGCCAGGAGCCGGUGGUCCCCAGGGGCCUGUGGGAAUGUAUGGUUAUCCAGGGGCAAGAGGCUUACAGGGAAGGCCUGGCCAUAUGGGAGAACAGGGUGAGCCUGGUGUAAGAGGAACUGUUGGGAAACCUGGACAGAGGGGACCACCUGGUCCUCCUGGUCCAUCUGGAGUGAGGGGCCCACCUGGACCUCAGGGCCGGCAAGGUGAGAUAGGACCAACUGGUAUAGAAGGACCACCUGGUUCAGCAGGCCCGCCAGGUGCUGUGGGCACACCAGGGAAGCCUGGUCCUCCUGGCAGUCUGGGACCUCAAGGGCCAAGUGGAAAAAUGGGGCCUAUUGGAUUGCCAGGAGCACCAGGAGCUGCUGGGAGAGUCGGACUGUCAGGAGAGAAAGGACAGCAGGGAGUGCCAGGACCUCCAGGUGACCCUGGAUCUACAGGUCUGGCUGGACAGCAGGGAUUUCUUGGUCCUCGGGGGCUAGAAGGGGCAUCAGGGAGAAAGGGGGAACAUGGUUCAACCGGGCCUGCUGGGAAGCCUGGACCACUGGGUGUUCCAGGAGAUCCGGGGCAACAAGGCCCUCAGGGGAUGCAGGGAGAGAGAGGACCAAGUGGCAAAGAGGGGGUUGCAGGACUAGUGGGCAGUCCUGGAGAUCCAGGCCCUAAAGGACAGAAGGGUGACCCUGGGCUGCGGGGGGUCCUGGGGGACGCCGGGCCUCCAGGAUUCUAUGGGGUCCAAGGAGAAAGAGGGCGAAAGGGUGAUAAAGGCUAUGCUGGAUUUCUUGGUCAGAGUGGGCUGAUGGGGAAAACUGGACCAGCAGGACUAUUGGGAUUAGAGGGACUGAUAGGAUUCAGAGGAUCUCCAGGUCCAGAUGGCCCACCAGGGCGAAAGGGUGAUCCUGGCAUUAGUGGGGUGACAGGAACUCUGGGAGAACCUGGAAAGCAGGGGGUAACCGGACAAAGAGGACUAAAGGGGGAGAUGGGAAAACCUGGACCACAGGGAGCUCCUGGUCCCAGAGGCUCUGAAGGUUUGACAGGUCCUAAAGGAUUACCAGGAAUUGAAGGUUCGAAAGGUGACCCAGGCAGGCCAGGACCUCCAGGAGAGGCGGGGCCAGAUGGCUUUCCUGGUAUCAGAGGGCCUCCAGGACUUCCAGGAUUAGAGGGGCAUCAAGGGAAGAUGGGAGCUCAGGGGUCUGUUGGACCUCCAGGACCUCAGGGUCCAAAGGGCAGACCUGGCCUUGAUGGAAGGGAUGGACAGAAAGGGCAGAAGGGGAAGGAUGGCCGAGAUGGACAGCCUGGAAUUACCGGGAACUCUGGACGGCCAGGAAAAAGAGGGAAAGCUGGUCAGAAGGGGCCAAGAGGGACCAGAGGAGAGAAGGGACAGCAGGGGUCUGUGGGGUGGACUGGACCACCAGGAAGGCCAGGCCCAUAUGGUUUGCCUGGCAUAAAUGGAGAAAAAGGAGAAAAGGGUGAACAAGGACCACAGGGAGAAAAGGGGGAAAUGGGACCAAAGGGACCACCAGGGGGCGAUGGAGCAAAGGGACAGCUGGGGCUUGUUGGAGAAAUGGGCAAAGACGGUCCAAAAGGAGAGCAGGGUGAUAUCGGACCACCGGGGCGAAGAGGGGACCCAGGUCUACCGGGCAUGCCUGGUCUGUUCGGAGAAAAGGGAUUAAAAGGGUUUCCUGGUCUUCCUGGACGUGCAGGAAAAUCAGGGUUACCUGGACCACCUGGUCCUCCGGGACCCCCAGGAUUAUCUCUUAACCUCACAAUGGCUCAGCUAAAGGACCUUAUGUACCAAUCAGACAGGCCCAACUACCCCCUCAUCAGAACUCUACUGAACUCUUUACAGCAAGACCUGCGGCUCUUCAUAGAUCCACCUGAUGGCACUAAAGAGCGUCCGGCAACCACCUGCUUGGAACUGAUGAUAUGUCACCCGAACUACACCAGUGGAAUGUAUUAUAUCGAUCCAAACCAAGGCAAUCCUGCUGAUGCUCUUCUAGUCUACUGCAGCUUCAGUUUAGGAGGUCAGACGUGUCUUUCUCCACUCCGGUCACAGGUCCCAGUGAAAGCCUGGCUCAAAGACUCACAGGAGGAUUCUUUCACAUGGCUGAGUAGGACAGAGCUAGGCUUUCAGUUUGAGUAUACAGAAACCAGCGUGGUGCAGAUGAGAUUCCUGCGGCUAAACAGCAAGCAGGUCACACAGAACAUUACUUUCUCCUGCGGGCAAGGGAGCAGGCAGGGUUCAAGCGAGCGAGAAAUCAAGUUUCUUGCUGAUUCUCGGAGACAGAGUUUCUUGGGGACGUUACGAGAUUGUGUGUCAAUGGAGGAGCUGGAUAUAAGACCUCAAGAGUCGGUGUUCCAGUUUGAAACCGAAGACCUGGAGCUUUUGCCGAUCAGAGACUUGGCAUUGUUUGGCCACAGUGACCUUGCAGAAGACUUUGGAUUUACUAUAGGACCUGUGUGUUUCAGCUAGAGACCUCUUGAUGACACACAAACACACACACACACGCACACACGCACACACACACACACACACACACAUUCCCUACAGACUGCUGACUGCUGAGCUGGUGUUAAUUAGUCCCUUGUUAAACACAGCCGCAUUUGCAGACAAAAGGAGAGAAGCAAUUCUUCAAGCUUUAGCCAUAUCGGACGUUGUUGUUUUCUCAGCAAAAAGAAAACCGAACCAGCUGACACUUUCCACUUUCUUGUACCUUCUAGUUUACCAAAGUUGCCAAGUGGCAAUGAUACUUUGCUGCACACAUUGUUGAAAUGAACUGUUUUGUUUUUGUCGUACGGUGUUUACAAUGCUCUUUGUUUUAAAUCAGUGCUUCUUAUUUAUGUCAAGUUCAUGUUCUAGUACAUGCCAUCAUCCAGGUUUCUUGUAAAGCUGUUGAUACACUACAGUCACCUGGUUUGCUCGAAGAUGCACUCUCAUUUCAGGUUGACACAACUUACGACCAAACGCACUGUGAGCUUAGCUGAAGUUUAAGACGUAGGAUGGAAGGCCGGCAUCCAUAUGAAUCAAAUAUAUGACAUUCUGUUGCAUUGCAUAUUGUGUCAUAGCAAAUGAAUAAAAGGGGUGAAAAUGUUUAGUUUAUGAAUAUUAAAUAUUGCAGAGGUGAACGUAUAAGCAAAAUUUAUUUUAGGUGCUGCUGUCUGAUGUGCUUUUUGUUCAGGUUUUUUUUUUUUUUUAGAUAUGUACAAAGAUGUUUGAGAUUCAUAAUGUUCAAGAUAUGUUAAUUUAUAUGCUGGUCAUUGAAUUAAUGACAUUAUGACAAGAUAUUUACAUAUUCUAUGCAAUGUAAUAAACAGUUCUUUCUGUGUCUGAUCCCGGAUCUUUUUUAUUUAAACCUGA